AUGCAAGAGGCAGAAGAAACUUUCUCCACCACAAAUUCGAAUUCGGCCGCCCUCUUUGGUUCUGGCGGCGGAUCCAGAAACUUGCUUCUGGUUCUGGAAGAAGAACACUUCGUCAGCCCUCUUCUGACUCCAACGGCGACCUCUGGUUCUGGCGGCGGAUCCAACGGCGCCGCGCCUCGCCCCGCCGAGCCUCGUCGCGCCCAGCCGCACCUCGCCGCGCCCCGCCGCGCCCAGCCGCACCUCGCCGCGCCCCGCCGCACCCUGCCGCGCCCCGCCGCUCCUCGCCUGCAGAUCUGUUUUCCAUGGAGUUCUGUUUCCAUGGAGAAAGAAGGUGAGAGUUUGAGAGAAGAAGAAGGAAGGAGAGAGGAGAGAUGUGUGGUGCAGAGGAGGAAAGGGGAGAGGAUGAGAUAA